CGGGAAUCGAACCCGGGUCGCAAGAAUGGGAAUCUUGCAUGAUACCACUACACCAGCGGCGCAGUUGUUUCAUUGCUAUUAUAGAGGACUUGAUAUAAUGUACGACUGAUAUCUUGCGUGGCAUAAAAUGAUAAAAGUUUUGAAUGUUGGGUGUAUUUUAUCAAAUCAUGUUGCUGCAAUGUGUGGGAAUCCAGGACAUGUCCGUUUGACAUCACCCUUUUUGCCAUUUUGGUUGAGUAAAACAGGAAAUAGAAUCCUUUACGCUGAAAAGGUGUUUAUUAUACUUCCGGGGCAGCGACCUGAGCGUUAGACGUUUUUUUUUCUAGGCAAAUUCAAUGUCUUGUUUGCAAACUCCGUUGCGAACGGUGGAAUAACGCCGUGGUAAGUAAAGUAGGUGCACAACAUUUAUUGCAGUACAGCAGGAAAUUAAUAAACCGGAAACGUAAUGAUCCGCAGAAUAAUUUGACUCCAUAUUGUUACUUGGUACGUGUAGUAGCCACAUAGCAUCAACUAACUGUCAAAUAAGAUAAGUCUACGCAAAAUAACUUUUUUACAACAUCAAUGAUUAAAUGGGACUCUGCCAUCAUAUGUUAUAAAUUAUUAAAAUAGCCAAGCAUCAACGUCUGCAUUAUUAAACCAUGUUUCACUUGCUAAAUUAAGCUAGCAUGCGUUUUGACAUAGUUUUACAUUUCUACAUAUCCAUAUUGUUACUGUAAGGCCACACAGGGUCGUUCCUUAUGUCGAUCCCCAGCGCUGAGGUGGAGUGGGUGGAGGCAACCGAGGAGGUUGUAACAGAGGAGAUGUUAACGUCUGAGGAUAACACUCGCACAGCAGCUUUCAGAUGAAGCAGAAGCACCUGUUCAGAAGUUACUGGAAACUUUAGGUCAAGGAGAAAAUCCAGAGGCUACCACUGGCUUUUAUUGUGAGGAAUGUCUGAGUCUCUUCGAUAACAACAACAACGAUUCUUCAAACAUCAGUGGCCCUUCGUUUGUCCUUGACUUUCCAACAAACAUUGGUGUCCCUCAGCGGGCCCUGCUUACACUUCCACAUGGCCUAACAAUAGGCAGGUCCAGUAUUCCCAUGGCGGGCAUUGGUGUCAUAAAUCAUGGACCAAGUGUCUGUCCAGGAAUGCAUUUUGGACCUUAUGAGGGUGAAGUAACAACCUGUGAAGGAGCUUUGACAAGUGACCUCUCCUGGGAGAUUUAUAAAGGGGAGCUUGGUUACAAGUACAUUGAUGCUGCCAAGGAUUCACACUCAAACUGGAUGAGGUAUGUUAGAUUUGCUCGUAAUAAAAACGAGGCCAAUCUGCUGGCAGUGCAGUACAAAGACAGCAUCUUCUUUCAUUGUUGCCGCUCCAUCAACCCUGGUGAUGAGCUCAUGGUUUGGCCCAGCGACAAACUUCUCGCCGACUUCAGUGAAUCCUGGACCCAGAUUUGGUUUAUGAGGUUAAAGUCAGCAGAGAGUAGUCAUACAGAAACAUCUCAGGUUCUCCUCUGCUCCCACUGUGAGCUUUCCUUUACCACAGAAGCGUUUCUUCAGCGACACAUAGAAAAGUCUCACCCUCCACCCACAGGAGACUGUGCACCACCUGUCUCUCAUGGAAGUGAAUCUGAAAAUCCUACUCCCACUGUUGAAUCAGCAACCUCUGUUGAAUCCAUGGUAGUGUUGUCUGUUGAUCCAGUUGAUUGCAAAACCUGUGAGGAUUGCGGGAAGACUUUUAAGCAAAUGCCACAUCUCAGAAGACACAAACUUUGCGUCCACUCCAACAAACGGCCCUACUGCUGCCAAACCUGCAGACGGACUUUUAGCCAAGCCUCGGGUCUAAUCAGACAUGAGCUGGUUCACAGAAAGCAAACUGGGACAAAGGUUACCAAGCAAAGCCAAACUGUUAUUGAGACGAACAACACCUGCACACAAAGAUCAAAAGUCCUUCAGACUGCAGAGACGUCUUCACCUGAAGAACCAAAGGAAAAUACUGCACAAGAGAAUCAAGAAGAGGGAGAUGUAACUGAAACUGAGGAAGCAAAAACACCUGAUGACAACUCCUCUGACUCUGUAGAGACCAUCAGGAACAAAGCUUACACAAAAAAGCCUGGUGUUCAUGAGAAGGUACGUCCUUAUGUCUGCUCUGUGUGUCAGAGGUGCUUUGGUCAGUACCAUGACCUGAACAGGCAUCUGCAGGUUCACAGGAAAGAGAGAAAAAGGAAAACAAAGGGAGCUGAGGCUACAGAUGAACCAGAACCAGACACUAAUUUAUUUAACUGUGCUCCUUCAGAGGAAACCCUUCAACAACACAUCAGUGAGCGCAAUUCAGAGGAUUCAGCAGAGACAAACCAAAAUCCCCUGACAGCCCAUGCUGAAAGUGAUCACAGUGACGACCCUGAUUUCAUUCCACAACCCUCUGUGACAAAAACUGUUGAAUCAGUCCAAAACAGUUCUUCUCAAAGACCUCAGAGACUCAGGGCCAGAUCAAGGAUUUCAGCUAUAACCAAGCUUAUUGCACCAAAACAAAGAGCCACAGUCAGCAAGAAGCCUAAAACCGAGCAGCGUUGCGCUCAAAAGUCUCCAACAGCGUCGGUCAGAAAUGUGAGGUUCAGAAAAUACAAAUGGUUUGGCUGCGAUAGAUGUAAACGAACUUAUGGGAACCAAGAAGAUCUGAAAUCUCACAAGUGUGCUCUGAAACAGCUUAAGUGCGGACAGUGCGGAGCAGCCUUCAGUAAGUCGGGCUUUCUGAAGAGGCACGAGCAGAAGGUGCACUCAACCACACAGUCGUACGGUUGUGACCACUGUGGAAAGGUCUUCCCCACUGCCUGUAAACUGAAGCAGCACCAGAAGAACAAAGCUUGUAUGAAGUACCACUGCAACUCUGAGCUUUUCUCCUGCUCCUUCUGUCAGUUCUCCUUCACUAUGAAGAACUACUUAAUCAAACACGUCAAAAGGCACCACCCGGUGGAGUACCUCUCGCUCUGCGACUCAGACAGCAUGACAGUUCAGCUGCAGGAGGAGCAAAGUGAGAAGCAGUAUGUGUGUCCCAAUUGUGGGAAGAGCUGUUCUACUGCCAAAGCCUUCAAGUCUCACACAUGCUUCCAACAGGUGAAGGUUCUGUAUUUGUGCACAGACUGUGGGAAAGGCUUCAUGAACCACUACACCCUGAAGCAACAUCAGCGCAUUCACACAGGGGAGAAGCCGCACAGCUGCCCCCACUGCAGUAAGAGCUUCACUUACACAUGCCAGCUCAAUGUGCACCUCCGGACUCACACUGGUGAGAAGCCUUACCUGUGCACACACUGCGGAGAAAGCUUCCGGCAGUCGGGCGACCUGAAGCGACACGAGAGGAAGCACACAGGAGUGAAACCAUACCCCUGCCAUGAAUGUGGUAAAAGCUUCAGCCGUCCACAUAGUCUGAAGGCACAUCAGAUGCUGCACAUGGGAGAGAAAAUGUUCAAAUGCACCGAGUGUGGAAAGAGCUUUUCCCGGAAUUAUCACCUCAGGAGGCACCACCAGAAGAUGCACUUGUAGUCACGUCACAUUUCGGUGCAAAAAGGAGACCGGAGAACUUCUCUUUUAGUGUUACGCUUUGCGCGUUAUUGAAAACCAUGCAUACGUUUAUUCAAAGAUGAAGACUUAGUUUUUUAAAAUGCAGUAUUGUUUUCUGUUCUCAAUAAAGCAUGUUCAUGCUCAAUCACUCUAAGGUGUUCCAUUUUAGAAACGGUGCAACGCAACACGACUCGCUUCCCCAAUGACAUCAUGCAAGUAAACCACAGCUCUUAGUGAGUCAGACAGCCACAUGCUUAUCCUUGGACAAGCCCUACCCACUACCCCACACCACCUCUGGCCCCGAAGCUGUAACAUCACCUGGUA